AUGGGCAAGUUCACCCCCUCUCUUCGAAACGACCAGAUAUCCACGAUGUCAAUGGACGAAGAGAAAGGCCAGGGAAUCGUUCCCAAGACACCUGGUGAGAAGGAUGCCUUGGACGUGGACUCGAGUGACAAAGCAGAUCAGGGUGCCGCUGGCUCAACAAGGAGCGGAAUACUUGCCCAACUGCGCAACCUUGAAGCCCGCAUGGAUGCUAGGUUCGGAAUCGAAUCUGAAGCCAUUGUUCGGAAACGCGCGGAAGACAAGAAAGAUGUGCCUUGGACCGAAGAGCUCACCAUGGCUCUGUUAUGGGCUAGCGGAACCAUGAACACGUCCUGUUUCGCGACGGGCUUUCUAGGGUGGCAAUUCGGUCUGAGUCUGAAGCAGACUAUUCUCAUCACUAUAUUUGCUUCUAUUCUCGGCGGAAUCGUCACAGGCUACUGUGCGACAUUCGGUGCCGCCACGGGAUUGCGACAGAUGAGCGUCAGCAGGUACAGCUUCGGAUGGUGGCCCAACAAGCUCAUUGCUAUUCUAAACUGCAUUCAGCAGAUGGGCUGGGCGGCUGUUUCUUGCAUCACAGGCGGCCUUGCGUUGACAGCGGUUUCGGACGGCCAUGUUUCGCUCAUUCUGGGCAUCAUCAUCCUGGCCGUGGUGGCGCUGCUCAUCUCAUUCGUUGGGCUCAAUGCCAUCUUGUUCUACGAACGAUACGCGUGGAUUGUCUUCUUCGUCAUCUUUCUCAUCAUCUUUGGCGAAACCGGCAAGUACGCCGACAACUCGACUCCCGCCUCCAUCACUGGCGCGACGUUAAGCGGUGCGGUUCUCAGCUUGAUUGCCAUCGUGUACGGUUCCAGCGCUGCCUGGUGCACGACGGCCAGCGACUACUACGUCCACUAUCGCGCCGACGUCAGCCGUACCAAGGUUUUCCUCAUGACAAGCUUUGGAAUUGCGAUCCCAACAUCGAUUGGCAUGCUGGCAGGCUGCGUGGUCGCCUCGUCUCUGAACACUCAGACCGAAUGGCGAGACACGUACGAGCAUGACGGCCUGGGCUAUCUGAUUCAAGAUAUGCUCUACCCACGAGGAUUUGCCAAGUUUCUUCUCACUUUGCUGGUGUUAUCGGGCAUCAAUACCAACGUUAUUAGCAUUUAUAGCGCAUCUCUGUCGUUUCAGCAGCUGGCACGACCGCUGGCUUUGAUUCCCCGGUUCGUCUGGACGCUGGUUUCGUUUGCUUGCAUUCUUGCACUAGCAGUAGGUGGGCGAGAACAGCUCAACACGUACCUCCAAAACUUUCUAAGUCUCCUGGGGUAUUGGUGCACAAGUUAUGCCAUCAUAUUGUUGGAGGAGCACUACAUCUUUCGCAAAGGGAAGUUUGAGAAUUACGAUCUCGAGGGAUGGAACGAUCCUGCGAGGUUACCGUUGGGUAUCGGCGCGGCUACUGCGUUUGGACUCGGCGUGGUGUCGUGGUGUAUGGGCAUGAAUCAGACAUGGUUCGUUGCACCCCUGGCGAAGGUAAUUGGCGAUAAUGGCGGUGAUGUUGCGAAUGAAUUGACGUUUGUGGUGACCGCGUUGGGAUAUCUGCCGGCGAGAUAUCUGGAGUUGAGGAUUCUUGGCCGGUGA